AGGAAGGAAGGCAGGCGGCAGGCAGGCAGGGUCUUGCGGGGAUUCGGGGAGCUGGCUGGCUGGCUGCUCCGGUGCCCCCGCCGCAAUAUGCCUCCUCUGCUGCCCGGGGGAUCCUCCUCCUCGUCGUCGCCAUGCCGGGGCUCUGGGGCCGGAGGAGAAGGCUGGGGCUGCUCCUGCUGCUCCCUCUGCUGGGGCUGAUCCUGCAGGGACCCCGGGGCUCCUCCUCAGCCUCCGGCCUCAGACCCGGCAGCAGCACGGCCACCGUCCGCAGAGGGACCCGCGCCGCCACGCCUGGCCCAGGAUCUAUGUUUACAUUAAAGGUGCAAGUCAAUGACAUAAUCAGUCAUCAAUAUCUACGCCAAGCAGUUGUGGAAAUUUUUGUCAACUACACAAAAACUAAUUCUACGUUCACUGGAAAUAAUGGAGCAGUAUUGAUACGAGUUCCUUAUCAGCUAGGUCUGAGUUUAACUAUUGUCUCUUAUAAAGAUGGUUAUAUGCUAACACCGCUGCCUUGGAAGACUGGGCGAAUGCCAAUAUAUUCAUCAGUCACACUUUCACUGUUCCCCCAAAGCCAGGCAAAUAUAUGGCUGUUUGAUGAUACAAUUUUAAUUACUGGAAAACUUUCUGAUGCCAAAUCUCAACCGAGUGUUCAGUUUCCAAAAUAUUUAAUUAAACUUCCUAUCACCCACCAUAUCACAAAUGUGACAGCCUACUUGACAGUGCCACACCAGUUUUUGAAAGUGGACCAUUUUCUCUACACAACAGGAAUUCUUUUAAAUAAGUCAGGUUUCAAGAGUAUUGAAUUAUCCCCUCUUGCUGCAAUAUGUGUAAACCUAUUUUCGGCUGGGAAAGAACUGAAUGUGGAUGGUCCCAUUCAUAUUAUGUUGCCUCUUCUGCCUACGAGUGCUGCAAAAGCAGGGGAUCCUAUCCCAGCAUGGACCUUUGACAUGAAAAAUGGUGCUUGGGUAAAUCGUGGCGUAGGCAUGGUAAAAGAUGCCGGUGAUCAUUUAGUAUGGACAUACACAGCUUCAAGUCUGGGCUACUGGAUAGCAGCUCCACUGCCUGGAGCUAGAGACUCCAUCAUCACCACAGUUGCCCAGGAUAUAUCUGCAUACCACACAGUGUUCCUCACAGCCAUAUUGGGAGGCACCAUUGUUAUUAUCAUUGGGUUCUUUGCUGUUCUCCUUUGCUACUGCAGGGAUAAGUGUAGUCAUUCAAGAAGGAGAAGGAAAAAUACAACUAAAUUGGAUAUCUUAAGAAAGGACCAGACAACAUCCACAUCUCACAUAAACCACCUUGGGAUUGCCAAGGUGACACUAAAACCAGAUGACAAAUCUCAGUUGUAUUCAUCCAGAAUAGCAUCCUACAGCCCUCAGAGAGGGAUAUCAGCAGAAGCGGGAGAUAGAAAAGCCAAUGACAAUUUUAAAAUCUACACAGAGGAUUCUUCGUACCAGUCAUCCAGCAAGAAUACUCAUUGUAGGACCUCACCCCAGUCCUUGGAACCUACCAUGGCAGUGAGGCAUUUACUACCAACCAAGCACACCAAUGGAAGUGUUUCACCUUCUAGGGACAUGCAAGAACAGAACCAAUAUCUCCCAAUGAAUGAGGAAAUGUAUGGGCUUUCAGUCCUCCCAGAACAAUUAAUGCAUAUUUAUAGUCAACCUAUUGCCAUCCUUCAGACUGCUGAUCUUUUCCAUCCCCAAGAGCAGUUACAUGCUGGCAAGUCAGCUACUUUGCCAAGGAAAGGACAGUUGAUCUAUAGCCCAAUGAUGGAGCCCAUGAAUCGAGAAGGUUACACUCAGACAUUACCCAAAAUGCCAGUACAUUCUCAUCUACAGGUGCCAACUUCCAGAGAUGAAACAGCUGCUUUAGAUAGGCAACAAGGCCUGUCUCCUCAAGCUGCAAAUUGGGGCCGUUACACAAAUAGCUUACUGGAAUCCGUUUCUGUCCCAGGAACAUUAAAUGAAGCUGUGGUAAUGACACCAUUUUCAUCAGAGCUUCAAGGAAUUUCAGAGCAAACCCUACUGGAACUUUCAAAAGGAAAACAGUCUCCACACCCCAGAGCAUGGUUUGUGUCACUGGAUGGCAAACCAAUAGCUCAAGUGAGGCAUUCAUUCAUUGAUCUCAAGAAGGGUAGGAAGACGGAGAGUAAUGAUACUAGCUUGGACUCUGGAGUGGAUAUGAAUGAACAUAAUCUCAGUCGGAAACUGGAGAGAGAGAAAACUUUUAUUAAAAGCAUGCAGCAUUCCAAGAUCCUUUACUUGGAAGACUUGGAUCUGAGUAGCAGUGAAAGCGGGACUACAGUUUGCACACCUGAGGAUCAGACUGUGAAGCAUAUGCCAGAUGGAGGGAGUGAUCCAGGCCUAGGACAGCAAACAGAAGAGAUGCCCAUGAAGAAGGACACCGCGGAAGAAGAGCCUGAAGCCAGCCCUCCUCCUGCUAAGAAACGGGGAAGGCCGCCACUGAAUAAGAGAGACAGCAAAACCAAUAUCCGGAAGAAGAGAGAGGAUAGUCCACUGAUUCCAAUAAACUAAAAUUACAACUCUCUGUGACUUUUGAUCUGUAUGGUAUCCUGUGGACUUUCCUCCACUCUUUGCUUCUACUUUGUACACUUGCAGUGUUCACUUUAAAGGGCCAACCAAAAUUGGAUAAAAUAAAAAUUCCUAUAAAAGGGAGAACAAAUUACACCUUUAAGAGCAUGGUAGGGAUUUUCUUGGAAACCAGCUCUUGUUGCUGUCAGAAGUUAUUUUGAGCAGGGCUUUUUUUAAAAGAAAGAAAAAAAGAAAGAGCAGUUUUUCUGGGUUAACAUCUAUGGGCAGCAUGUGUAUCCUUUAGAAGAAGCCGGAUCGUAUCCUUCCUUACCUGCUCUGAUGUCUGGGAAAGAGGACGCACUGCUGAAACCAUGUUACAUUAUCAAGGGGAAGAAUACAGAGGAGAUAGCACGAAUUUUAAAAAAGAUUUUUACAACUAGAGUUUGAUAUUUACCUUAUGUUGUUUGAUGAAGAUGUCAGGAUAUGUAACAAGAUAGAAGCUGCCACUUUUCACCUGAAAGGAACACUUUUCUUUGGCAUCUUGUAUAGCAUUCUCAUUCUCUGUGUAUCAUUCAGGAGUAGGGGGGAAUCAGGGACUUGUUACACAGAUAAUCUUAUUAAAUGUGCAGGUGUCCGUUUUUCAUGUGCUAUUCCAGUAUGUAUUGAGCCAAAUUGUGCUCCACUUUUAGGAGAAUUAGAUUUGCACUGAUACAUUUAGGGCAGACCUGGCCCUCCAUGUCCAAGAUACAUAUUAUUCGUAAAUGUGGCCAAAAGGAUGGCAUUGUAGAAAACAUUUCCUCUGGAAACAGUGCCCUGUACUACUUCAUAGCCUUAAAAGAAAGAGUGAUAGUGAAGCAAUUUGAACAUGUGCCUCCUUUUUUUGCUAGCUUUGGCACUCGUCUUAAGUCCAUUGUUGCUUAUGAAAUGUUCCAUUGGAAAUCUGUUGGACAGAACUGUGAUCUGAGUAAAUGUAGCCAUAUCCAAAAGUUACUUUUUACAUGGCCAGGUUGGCCUCAUGGGGCUAAUUUUGUAGUGUGCUCUUUUCCUAAUCUGGUGUCAAGCCCAUUCAGAGGGCAAAAUAAAGGUGAUGGGCCAUUGUUCAGGAGUAGAGCAUAUAAACUGAAUGCAGAAGAUCCCAGUUUGAGUACUUGGGAGCUUCUAGUAAAGCUUGGGGAGAUCUUGAUCUGAAUCCUUGAAAAGUCACAACCAGUCAGUUCAGACAAACCUUUCUCAGCCUUGUGCUCUCAAGACUGCAGCUUCUGUUAUGUCCAGCCAGCAUGCCCUGUAAUGAGAGAUUAUGGGAUUUGUGAACCAACUUUAUCUGGUGAACAAGGUUUGGGACAGUGUCAGACCUGAUGGACCAUUUGACUGGUUGAAGUCCUCUCCCUGUGAAUAGGUGUUCCUUAUGGUAAAGAACAGAUCCUGUAGAGAACUCAUCUUGAGCUUGUCUGGUCUGUUCUGUCCCUGACACCACAAUCCUAACACAUGUAGCUGAAAAGAGGUUCAGUUGAUUCCAGUGGCAACUGCUGCUUCAUCAGUUUUGCAAAGAUUAAGACCCAAGGGUCCAAACAGACUAAUAUGAGAUCAGGAGUUGCCUUGCCAUUCAUGUGUACCUUUGUAGUGUAAAUGUCAAUGGUGUCAGUAAUCUGAAUAGUGGUAAUAUUUAACUUCCCAUGUUUCAGAUGGUGGCAUAGAAUGAAGUUGGAGAACAUAUGCCCUUCCGGAUGUUGCUGAAUUCCUGCACCCAGCAUACUUCACAUUUCACCAGGCUACCUGGGAGUGAUGGGAACUGGAGUUCAGUAACAAAGCAUUACAGUUUCCCCAAUCCUGGCACUGAACUUCAUUCUCUUUCAUUUGGUGUCUUUCAAAUGUUGAAAAAUUACACUAGGAAGGCAGAGGUGGAUGCAGUGAGUACAGUUGUGAAAUUGCAGGGACUAAGGGAUCUACACUGUAUGGCCAGGUUCUGCUAAAAAUUGGCAUGAAACCGAGGGGAUAGGUUUCUUCUGAGUCUACUCCUACAAACAAGUUGGUGUGUUUUCUACAAAUCAUGACAGAAGUAUGCUUCCCCAACUGGAUUACCAUUCAAAUUAUGUAUGUCUGUAUGCACCCUGUGUGUGUCCUGAUCUAAUCUGUGCACUAUGAAUAUGUUCAGGGACUACCUAUUGGCACUUCUGAAUUAUGAGAUAGGUAAGCUGUGAGUCUGGCCUAUAGGACAACAGCCAUUCUUGGAGUAGAAUUUAUUGUAGAGUUGAAAACAGUUACCAAAAGAAAUGAUUGCAUGAAAUGAAACUAAAUAUAUAUCUGUAUAAUCAUGAAAGUUCAUAAAGGCACAUCUACAGUUUUCAAUAUUCAUUUAGUCAUUCAUGGCUUUGGCUAACAAGAAAAAAGAUUUACCUAAAAGAAGUAUUUUGUGCUUUCUUGCUGAAAUAUUUCAGAGCAUUUUAAAUUUUGCAAUAUAAUUAAGACAGCAUGGACAACAAUUUCUAAGUACAUCUUAUUGAAUUUGAUUAUAUUGAUUCUGCUUUCUCUUUUCAGAACAAUUGUCUAGAAUCAAGGCACCAAAAUGUCUUAGGCAAGCCUUUAAAAAAAUCAGGAAGUGUUCCUGUUGUUAAAAAGUCCUGUUCUGGGCCUAAAGAUAAUCCAUUGGAGUAGGGGCAAAAACAUAACAAAAGUGUGUCCUGCUGUUUAGAGGUCAUUAAGGGCAUUUUGAAGCGAAGGAGAUAAGGGAUGGAUGGCAGCCAUCUAAGGUCUCCUGGUGGCCUAAAGUGCCCUCUUAGCCUCCCACAAUUGCACGCCCCUGGAACAUUUGCCAUGCUGUUUUUGCUUCCAGCUAGAUUAUAAUCUUUUAGGAAUAGAUUCUUAUUUUCAUUUAUUUUUGGUCCUUUGAAGGUUGCCAGCCCAUGUACAUAGACGUGGGAGUGAGUCCCAUUGAACAGUAGCUCUUACUCCUGAGUAAAUAUGCAGAGGGAUUGCUGUCAAUUACCAUCAUUUUUCAAGUUAAAACUAUUUUGUCAUACUGUGAUAUUUAAAUGGAGACAUAAAAAUAGGGCACUGUGGUAUGCAGUCCCAAACAUCCAGGAUGCAAAUGGUUGCCUCUUUUCACUUUUUAAGAACAUUUUUUUCUGAUCAUUUUUUAAGAUCAUGGAUGAUGAUGAUGAUGAUAAUGAUGAUGAUGAUAUUGAUUAUUAUUACGUAUUACUACUACUCAAAAUGUGUUUUGUAUUCUGAGGAGGUUAUCAGGAAAUCAGUACAAACUAGUAAAGAUUUGAUUUUUUUUCUAAUAAAAUUAUCUGAAAAAGCAACAAACAUUUUCUGUUAGCCAAAAAGGAUUGCUGUGAAACACUGAAUUAAUUUUUCUUGGUGGGAGGGGGAACAUAUACAUUUGUUUCAUUCUUGGAAUGUUGCAUGUAAGUAAUGUAUAAAAUUCCAUUUACUAUUAACUUAAAAAAACAAAACCCCAAAAUAAAAUUGUAACUCAUAAAGAAGAUUUUCCUUCCAAGGGGGGGGGGGGAAUAUUCUGGUGGACUUCUUGCUUACAUGCAGUCCCUCAGGGAUAAACUGGAGUGGAAGGUAGUGCACUUGCCGAGAACUUUUUCUGUGCUUGGCUUAUUCUUAUUCAACCAAGACAACACAAAUCCAAAGUAAGUACAGUAUGUUAAAUGCAUGUACUUAAGGAGCAUAACACUGGGCUGGAAAAAGAAGACAGGCUCUAUCCUGGAUUUUCUGAAAGUGGAUCAAAACCCCACUGCGGCUGCUCCCAAGGUGGGCUGAACACCCACAGGCAGUCUGCGCCAUGCAACGUCAAGCAGUUAUAUUUUUUGUUGCCUCCCCACCAUGCAUUCACACCAUUACACAAGCACACCAUGUGUGACCUCCAGUUACCACCCUCUUCCCGCUCACAUGCCAUUCCAUUGGAUGACUGCCCGUAUGUGUAAUGCACCACUUGUACAGUGCAUUAGUGCAUCAGUGUGUGAGUGAUACAUUGGCAAAACACAAUCAUUGAGCCUCUGUCACCCCAUGUCCCCCUGUUGGAUUGUCUGGUUAGUAUAUGUUGUAAUUAAAUCCAUUGCAUUAUUAGCGAUCACAUUUUUGCUUUGCCGCAGUCCUGUACUGGUGCCAGACUGAUGCCAGUGCGAUGAUGCACAUUUUUUGCCUUGAGUUGGGAGUAUCCCAGCUUCUUUUUGCUCCAGUUUUUAGCCACAGAGUGCAGCUUUCUUUUGCUUCCCACCCAGUUUCACCUUGUGCGUUGUCUAAACACCCCACUUUCAAAAUGGCCAGAAGCCGCUUUAUUUGGUCAGUGCGGAGUACCCCUUAGUCUAGAUGAGAAUUCUCUUUUAGAGUUUGGGACAGCAUUAACUGACUGAUUAGAAAGAGGAAGUUCAUAACCCAUUUCCCAAUUCUUGAGUUUGAUCCUACAGUGCUAGCAUACCCAAAGGUUGCUGUUGGAUUAUGCCAAGCUAGUUUAUACAUUUAAAGCACACUGUGUAUUCCAUGCAUAUUUAAUUAGAGAACAGAGUUUGGAAAGUUACUUUUAAAAAUGGCUGUAAUGAUAUGUGACCCAAAGCAUAAUUCCCCCACUGCUCAAUUGUAAAUGGUAUAACAUGUUCUCAUAUUAAUUCAUCUUAAAAAUAACUGUCCAAGCCCUGCUACACAGUAACUCCAAUUGGGUAUACUAGGAGGAAUUUAGCAAUCUUGUGUCAGCAGGAGGUUUCUGAUCUGGUAUACAGUAGAGCCUUUCCUCUAGCCAAAUAAGACAGCAAGAUUAACAUUUUAACCUCAUCCUAAGCACAGUUUUGUGGGGGCGGAAUACAGUGACUUAAGUGGAAUGUAAUGUUAGGAUUGCAGCCCUGGAAAAUGAUAGUUUUCCCUGCAAAAUGUAUGACAUUUUGAACUUAAUUGGUUUCAGUUGCACUGAACAUUGUAAACAUUUGGCUUACUCAAAUAUUUUUCAACAAAGGAAACUCUGGCAUUUAAACUUUGCAGUUUUAUAUUUUUAAGGGCAUUAAAAGCGUUAUUGGUGGUAUAGCUGAUGCCAUCCCAGUACUUUAUAUCCCAUCAUUUCAUAACCAAUGUUUCUGAAAUACUUUCAAUUUUACGGUUUUGAAAUUUUAUACCAAAAAGUUUUGACAAUUGAAAGUUUGAAGUCACUUUGAAGAUUUGAAAGAUUUGUCAAUUGUUUAUAUAUUUUCCAUUUGGUGACACACUAUCCUCAGUGUAACUCUAGAGCACAACCGUUUAUUGUACAUCAGCAAAUACAGAAUCUUUGUACCAAAAAAAAAAAAAAAAAAAAACCUCCUAUUUUUACAUGUUAGUGGUUUGAUUCUGAAGUCUUUCUCUUCUGUGCAUGCUAACAGUGCAGUCCUAUAUAUGUAUACUGAGAAGAACAUUCUUUUCAGACCAAUUGGGACUUAUUUCCCACAUAAAUGUAUAGGACUUUAACCCAAGAUCACAAACUGCAUAAGACCCCAGUUCUGAAAAGUGCAGUUGUUGGGAACUGAGUCUAGAACUGGCCACUACUGGAGCUGUGUUGCAGGCAUUGAAAGCUGCAGUACUUUUGAUCAUCCAACUGUUUUGCAUUUCAGCUCCCAGAAGCCUCUGUCAGCAUGGCCAAUGAUGGCUGGUUCUGGGAGAUGUAACAACAACAACUCAUCUCCCAAACCUGGCCAUUAUUGGCCAUACUGGCAGAGGCUUGUUGUUGUUGUUGUUGUUGUUCAUUGUUUCUUAACUGCCUCUAUGGCAUUGGUGGCCAUUUUAACAAACCCAUGCCUGAUUCAGCCACAUUUGGGCUGUGCUUCUCCAUACUUGGAAGAGUUAAUCUGAGGAACAAUUCCCAGAGUACCCCACUCAACAUUAACACUGGCCAUACUAAAUGGGAUUCUGGAAGCUGUAAUCCAAAACAGUAACCUUUUCAAAGCUCCAUUCAUUACACUGCUAUCCAGCAACACUUACCUGUAACAGGUGGCACUUCUUUUCAACUCUUUCUGCUUAGUAGUAAUAGCCCGAAGCUUGUGUGUAGAUGUGUCCACCCUCACACAUGAACAACCAUUGCUAAUGAUACUAAAUGUUAUGUUUGUAGUACUGGAUAUUAUGAGAAGAACAGGAAGAGUAAGGCAAAGCUGCUGUUUUCAACAUUAAGAAACAGCGCCUGUUAAAGCUAGUUCAAGUCCAAGUGAUCCCAAGACAGUACUGGUUGACACUUGUUAAUGUUAAGCUGUAAAUAUGGGCAACAAAGCACACCAUGGUCACACACUUGAAUUUUCAUUUGUUUUCUGAGAUUUUGUAACCCCCCUUUUAAGAAAAGGUUUCUACAUUUUUCUAUUCAGUCUGGGGUGGCUUUUCAUGUUUGUGUAACUACUGUAGUACUAAUGGAUCUAUUGCUAUAGUGUUAUCUUCAGAUUUAUAAAAUGUCAAAAGAGCUCAUGAAUAUAA